GAGACAAUAUACACAUAUCGAAGAUAUGCGAUUGUGGUGUGAAGACGAAGGGUCUCGGUAGUUAAUAGCUUUUCUCUGUUUUUAUAUUUUGUCAAGCCUAUUACACACAACGAUGGCAGCUUCUCCGCCAGCGCCCGACUCGGGAAUUCUCUCCCCAAACACAACGGUGCCUCCGAUCGUUACUGAUGUCCCGGGGAAAUUGUCACCGAUGCGGCGCAUUUCUUCGAGUGCCAAGGAUCGCCUAUCGGUAUAUUCUACUGUGUCUCAGACUUCCCAGUACCGGUCGCGGCCCGUAUCCCACGUCUUUCCACUAUUUCACUCCAGCUUGCCGUACGCUUUGGUCCGCGAUUUUGCCUACUCACCGACACAACCUUUACAUUAUGGCCCGCUACCGGCAUCGUCAAGAGCAUCUACACCCGCUAGUGAAAGCAGGCGGCUUUCUGACCCACAAACCGGAUCUUGGGAUGGAUCUCGAACUUCGUGGUCGACGAACAACUGGUCGUCUGACACUUAUGGGGGACCACAGCUUCCUGCGGUGUCAUUUGCUGAUGGACCACCGUACAGUGAAGAUGAAGACUUGCAUAGUCCAAUCGUGACAUCCCGCCACCGCAAACAUAAGUCAAUGCACACUUAUGGAGAGCGAGGACGAAGUCCUGGCGAAGGCGGCCGUGAUCCUCUGUUCGCCAUUGAGAGCGACAGGGGCACGCUGGUGAGCUUGAAUGGGGAUGGCAGCGAGACGUACUACGUAAGAGAUGAGAAUGCAGAUGAUGACGGGCCAGGAGGGGAAUUUAUCACAUAUCCUGCCAAUGAAGGUCGGUAUUCGGGCUAUGCUUAUGGCGUCAGCCAUACUGCAAAUUAUAGACCCCCACGAGGCUCAUCAUAUGCCGGAGGACAACAUACAUAUGACGAUGAAUAUUCGGAUCCAGAGCAAUCGAGAUACUCGCGGGAUUAUCAAUUUUCCAUUGGGUCUCCAGAUGAAGAAAUGCACGGCAAAGCUAUUGCCCUCUUUGAUUUCACUCGAGAGCACGAAAAUGAGCUACCUCUAAAAGAAGGCCAGGUGAUAUUGGUAUCAUACAGACACGGCCAAGGCUGGUUGGUUGCGGAGGACCCAAGAACGGGUGAAAGCGGGCUGGUACCGGAGGAAUUUGUGCGACUUGUACGUGAUAUUGAGGGUGGCCUUAACUCUCUAAAUGGAGAACUCAGCAACGGUCCUGCCGAGGGAAAUGCGCAACCCAACGCCGCAUCGAUGGCUGAAGAGAUAGAUACUCCCACUGAAGAAGAACAACCUGUUUUAUCCUCUGAAAGUCUAUCGACGACGAAUGGCAAUCAUUUGAACAAGCAUCCUUCGACAAUCUCUACCUUUUCCACUAGCAGCCGUGACUUGAGUCCAUAUCCGCCUCACUUGUUAGGCGAUGGCCAAGGAAAAGUCUCACCACCUAUUGAAAAGGCAGCUGAUGGUGUCGAUACUACACCAUCUGAAACAUGAUUUGAACAGCAAUUGCGUGAAUCUCACCUGGUCCAAAAUUUCAAAUCUUAAUAAUAAUAAUGGCCACACCAUCUCACAGUCAAGUUGACACAACCUUAAAUCCAUUCGUCGG